GCUUGGUCAUGGCGGCAAGGGUGCUGCCUGGUGGGCUUGUGCUCAUCGUGCCGUUUGGUCGCUUGGAUGUCAAGGAGGAGGACGUGAAGAAGGUUGCCGCAUUCUUGAGUUUGGUGGCUCAACUUUGUGCCUGGAUCAAAGUGCGAAUGAUCAUCCAAGUGGAUGCGAAAUAUGCCGCCUGGAUGGAGGCCGAGCCGGCCUUGAAG